GGCCCGCCACGUGUCGCGCGGCUGCGCGGCGGGGCGGGGCGGCGGCGCGGGAAGAUGGCGGCCGGGAUCCGGGAGAAGCAGACAGCGGCUUUGAAACGUAUGCUGAACUUCAAUGUUCCUCCUGUUAAAAACAGCACAGGAGAACCAGUAUGGAAGGUUCUUAUUUAUGACAGAUUUGGUCAAGAUAUCAUCUCACCUCUGCUGUCAGUGAAAGAGCUGAGAGAUAUGGGGAUCACUUUGCAUCUGCUUUUGCAUUCAGAUCGGGAUGCUAUUCCAGAUGUUCCAGCCGUUUACUUUGUAAUGCCAACUGAAGAAAAUAUUGACAGAAUGUGCCAGGAUCUUCGAAACCAGCUUUAUGAGUCUUAUUAUUUAAACUUUAUUUCUGCCAUUUCAAGAAGUAAACUGGAAGAUAUUGCAAAUGCUGCUAUAGGUGCUAAUGCAGUAACUCAAGUGGCUAAGGUGUUUGAUCAAUAUCUUAAUUUCAUUACUUUAGAAGACGAUAUGUUUGUAUUGUGUAACCAAAACAAAGAACUUGUUUCAUACCGUGCCAUUAACCGACCAGAUAUAACAGACACAGAAAUGGAAACUAUAAUGGACACUAUUGUUGAUAGUCUCUUCUGUUUUUUUGUUACACUUGGCGCUAUACCUAUAAUCAGAUGCUCAAGAGGAACUGCAGCUGAAAUGGUGGCAGUGAAAUUGGAUAAGAAGCUCAGAGAGAAUCUAAGAGAUGCCAGAAACAGUCUUUUUACAGGUGACACACUUGGAGCUGGCCAGUUCAGCUUCCAAAGGCCCUUAUUAGUCCUUGUUGACAGAAACAUAGAUUUAGCAACUCCUCUACAUCAUACUUGGACAUACCAAGCUUUAGUGCAUGAUGUUCUGGAUUUCCAUUUGAAUAGAGUUAACUUGGAAGAAUCAGCAGGAACAGAAAGUACUCCAGCAGGUGCUAGACCUAAGAAAAAAAAUAAGAAGUCCUAUGAUUUAAGUGCAUCUGAUAAAUUCUGGCAAAAGCAUAAGGGCAGUCCUUUUCCAGAGGUGGCUGAGUCUGUUCAGCAAGAACUAGAGUCUUACAGAGCCCAAGAAGAUGAAGUCAAAAGACUUAAAAGUAUCAUGGGCAUUGAAGGGGAGGAUGAAGGAGCAAUAAGUAUGCUUUCAGAUAAUACAGCUAAGCUAACUUCAGCUGUCAGCUCUCUUCCAGAACUUCUGGAAAAGAAGAGGCUCAUUGAUCUUCAUACAAAUGUUGCAACAGCCGUCUUGGAGCACAUAAAGAGUCGAAAGCUGGAUGUGUAUUUUGAAUAUGAGGAAAAAAUAAUGAGCAAAUCCACUCUGGACAAAUCCCUUCUGGACAUGAUUUCUGACCCAGAUGCGGGAACUCCUGAAGACAAAAUGCGAUUAUUUCUCAUCUAUUACAUAAGCUCAGCUCAGGCACCUUCAGAGAUUGAUUUGGAGCAGUAUAAAAAAGCAUUGAUGGAUGCAGGGUGUAAUCUCGCUCCUUUGAGCUACAUAAAACAGUGGAAAGCUUUCACUAAGAUGGCUUCAGCUCCAACCAGCUAUGGAAACGCUACGCCUAAACCUUUGGGUCUGUUUUCACGUGUUAUGAAUACAGGAUCACAGUUUGUAAUGGAAGGAGUGAAGAACUUGGUACUGAAGCAACAAAAUCUGCCAGUCACACGUAUUUUGGACAACCUUAUGGAGAUGAAGUCAAACCCUGAGACAGAUGACUACCGGUAUUUUGACCCCAAGAUGCUCCGAGGCAGUGACAGCUCAGUUCCAAGAAAUAAAAAUCCAUUCCAGGAGGCCAUAGUGUUUGUAGUUGGAGGAGGCAACUAUAUUGAAUAUCAAAAUCUUAUUGACUACAUAAAGGGUAAACAAGGCAAACAUGUCCUGUAUGGCUGCAGUGAAAUUUUUAAUGCUACACAGUUUAUGAAACAGCUGUCACAGCUUGGCCAGAAAUAAGACAGAAACACCAUUGCCUGGAUGGAACGUGACAACAGAGAAUUGUUACAACAUUCAGAUAUCUUCAUUUCUUUAAUUUUGUCCUUAUAUUAAAACUUAAACCCAUUUCAUUAAUAUGAUAACUUUUAAAAAAAUCUGUAAUUAAUACGGUGUAUAUCAGCAUUUCAGAAAUAAAAUUUAAAACCUGC